AUGGAAGACAGGAAUACUCAGAAGAAAUCUGGCAUGGUUCACAACUGGAUUUCUGGAAGCAAGAUGGAAUGUGGGAUGUACAGCAAAGCAGAAUCGCUUCCAGUUGUGCCAGCAUCAAGAUUCGUUGAGCAGUGGAAACUUCCAGUGGCCAGAGGUAGUGUUUUCAUGUUGGGUUGUGUUUGGGGGGAAACAAAGCUUUACUAUCCUUCCAUUGGUUUCGCCACAAAAGGCAAGCAAGAAGCAGAGGCAGCUAUAAGCCCUGAAGCAGGGGAAACCGCUCUAAUGGAGAGGAAGCAAUCCAGUCAAGCAAACAGAUACUCGAAGAAGAAGAAGACGACGACGACGACCAAGAAAUCAAACAGGCAAUACUUGUAUGUGAGCAACUCAGCAUGCAGCAAGGAAGACCGGCAAGAACUAGCAAUCCAGUCAAGCAAAGAGAUACUCAAAGAAGAAGACGACGAGCAUGCAGGAAGGAAGGAAGACCGGCAAGAACUUACAAGAGAAGGGGGGAGAAGCAUCAGGCCUGUGGUGCACCCAGCUUCUCAGAACUUUCUCUGA